AUGGGCUUUUUGUCCCAGUUCGGCUUCUGCUUCGCAAUGCGUUUGAUUGGAUACACCCAAUCCGGCCAGUAUCCGACUGCCCAGCUCGCAGAAACGCCUGGGCCUUUACCGAAAUUCUCUGGGUUGGCUCCUCCAGGCCAAUUGGUGCCCCAGGGAACCAGUAGCUCGUUCUUGCAAUCGCAACCUUCCUCUACCGUUCCACAAAGCACGCCAGCGCAACAAGCCCCAAGACAGGAGCCAAUCUCGCCAGUCUCGCCAGCAGACUAUGAACGGUUCUCUCAAAUGUUUGUUCGGACCACAGGUUCUAAAUCAACUCCCUUGGAUGGUAAUGCCGCCAAAGACAUCUUGACGAAGGCCAAGUUGCCAACUGUCACCCUAGGCCAAAUUUGGAGUCUUGUAGACAUCCAAAAUAAGGGGCAGCUUGACUUGCCUGCCUUCGUUAUGGCAAUGCACCUUAUCCAUGGCUUGUUGAGUGGAGCUCUCAAGCAAUUACCACCAUUCUUGCCUGACCAUUUGUGGAAGUCAGUUAAUCCACCUGAACAACAGGCAACUCCUGCGACUCCAUCCUAUGUUCCCCAGCCUGCUCCUGUUAAGACUGAGGUUCCAGAAAACCAAGAGUGGUCUGUGACUCCUCUUCAAAAGCAACAAUUCGACUCCAUCUUCGACAGCUUAGAUACAGCAAAAACAGGUUCUUUGGGCCCUGAUCAGGUCGCUAGCUUCCUCAAGACUUCUCGUUUGGACCAGCAGGACUUGGCCACCAUUUGGGACCUUUCGGAUGUCAAUAACACCGGAACCUUCGAGAAGAUCGAAUUUUCAAUUGCAUUGUUUUUGGUUAAUAGAAAGCGCGCCGGUAUGCCUUUGCCAAAUGUUGUUCCCCAUUCUUUGAUCUCAUCGCUUCAGGAGCGCGCUACACCAAAGGAUAUUCAAACUGCUCCUUCGGCUUCUGUAUCAUCACCUGCCGCUUCAGCCGCUCCUAUUGCUCCUGCCCCAGACAAAAAAUCAUCUGCAAUCGAUGAUUUGGCGGACGUCUUUGGAAGUCUGACUCCAGCAGCUCCUGUUCAGUCACCUCUUAUCCAAAAGAGAGCUUCUUUACAGCAGAGAGUAAGCAGUAGCGAUUUGCACUAUUCAAAAGAACCACCAAAGAUGAAGUCACAGUUGACAUCUUCGUUCGCACCAACUUCUGACUUUGGUAAGUCUUUGAUGGCACUGCAGCCAUCUGUGACUUCCCCCAGUCUUAUUGGUGAAGAUGUUUCUCCUCCAUUACCAAAUCAAGUCAACAGCGAUACUCAGGUCGCAAAGACUACAGUUGAUGCUUCAAUUCUGCAAACUGCUUCUCCAGCUACUCAAAAGCCUCCAUCAUUGACUUCUUGGGGCUCGCAGGUCGACUACGAGGCUUUAAGAAAUGUUCCCGCUCCACCUAGAAGUCGGGCUUCGAUGAUACAGGCACCUCUGCAAACCAGUCCAGCUACAGGAUACUUUCCUCAAGCUGAUUUACCUCGUUCGUUUUCUCAGCAGGACAACAAUGAUUUGUUGGCAGACACAGAAAUUGCCGGUAAAUUAUCUGACGCCAACACUGAUAUCGCCAAUAUUUCAAACCAGGUAAAGUCGUUAACAACCCAGACUUCUAAUCUCCACGAGAAAAAGGUCCGUGCUGAGCAAGAACUUGCACGAAUUUUGAAUUUGAAAGAAGAUAUCGAUGCUAAGUUGAAGUUAUUGCGAACUUCUUACGCGAAUGAGGUGAAACAAGUUGAACAGGUUGAGUCAACAUUGUCAACAGCAAAAGAAGAGACUGAAGCAUUGCGUUCUGAAGCAUCAAUUGCUGAAGCUAAACUCAAUCACUUGUCUGGUGAACUUCAUGAAAAGCAGCUUGCAGUUGAAGAACAUCAGAAAAUCAAUUCAGUCUUGAGAGAGAAAUUGGGCAAUGUCAAUGCUGAGAUUGCCGAAUUGUCUAAACAGCUCGAAAGUAAAGCGAGCGAGAGUGUGAGAUUAGAAAAUGAAGCCAAUGUUCGUAAAUCGCAACACCAGGUUGCAUUGGUGAAAAUCGAGGAGCUCAAACAACAAUUGAUUGAGGUUGAUGAAAAGAAUGGCCAGCUUAGUAAACAAAUCGAACAUGCACAGCAUGAAGAAGCCAAGGCCAUCAAAGAUGCUGAAGAGGCUCAAGCUGCGGUAAAGGCAGCGGAAUUGAAAAGUGCAUCCUUGAAAGCGGAGGCAGAGAAGCUCAAGUCCAAGAAGUCUUCUUCCGCUGGCAUUGCCGGUAUUGCCGGUGCCGCAGGUGUCGCCAUUCUAGGCGCCGCAGGUGCCGUUGGACUUGCUGCGUCUCACAAAACCGACGAAAAACUUGAGGAGAGUAAGCAAGUAUCAAAUGCAACAUCUGCUGAUACACCUGCAGAAAACCUCCAAGAUGUGAGAAAGGAAGCCCAGAUUGUUCCUGGUUCUUACGUUGAGGAGACUGUCUCAGAGCAAAAUGCCGAGCCUGAGGAAGUUACCGAGUCUGAUGUUGUCGAACCUUCGAACAACUCUGAUGAGCCAACUCUUCAGCAAGGGGUACCACCCGUAUCUUCUCUCGUUGACGAAGUCGUGGAGCAUCCUGCUCAGGAUAUGACUGGUCUUGAUAACCUUGAGGAAGUUCGCAGAAAGAGCAUCGACUUCGAACCUCCAACAGAAUACGAACAAGAAGACCUCGAGAACCAGAAUGAGAAAUUUGUUGGCAUGACAAAUGAUUUUGAUAACUUCGGUAGUGUUGUCCAAGCUUCUACCAACUCCUAUAAACCAACUGAGGGCGGUGACACUGUCGAAACACCAGUGACCUCUCCAAAUGUUUCCGAGUAUCGCUUCCAACCAUCCAACGUUGUUGGUGGUAUGGUCGGUAUGCCUGGUGUCUUGGUGGGAGUUCAAAGAACAGACUCUUUGACUUCUAGUAUCCAGAACAACCCAUCAAUGUCAGUUCGGGAUGAUAACAUCGACGAGGUUAGCGAUAGAGAUGCUUUGGAUGAGGUUGUCUUACCCCAAGACCAACCAGAGGUAAAAGCUGGCACUGAGGGUGACAGAUCAUCUCUGGGCGUCGGACUGUUUGAAUUGGUUAAUUCAGAAGAUGCAAAGGAUCAUUUGUCAGAUACACCAGUGCAUCCACUUUCUCAAAGCUUCAAGUUGCCUCAUGGGCUGGGUCAACAAGAGGAAGAGUUCCCACCCAUCAGGGAACUUGAUCUCGAUGAAAGUUCUUCUGAUGAUGAGCAAAGCUUGAGUGAAAAGUUUGAUGAUGCCGUGGCAGAGGUAGGCCAAUACAAAGCCUCUUCCCAAGAAUUUGAUGGCGACUUUGACGACCUCCGCCCCGCUAUUGCAGAACCAGUCACCAAGACUAAUGGAGGUGAUGAUAUAUUUGGAGAUGAGUUCGAUGAUUUAGAAGUGGCAGAGGAUGAUAUCGAGGACGAUAUUGAUCCGGUCGACAUAUCAAUCACGGAUCACUUCACAGAUGUAGAUCCAUCUGGUGCACAAAAUCAGAUCGAUUUCAGUUCUGUUAGCCAGAAUCCCCAACCAGUCGACAACAAAAACGACGAGUGGGAACAAUUAUUCGCAGGCUUUGGAAAUGCGGCACCACUACCAGAAACCUCUAAUUCUCCACCCACAUCUGCAAAUCACGAUGUUGCCAUUGCUGAGUUGAUGGGAAUGGGCUUUGACAGAAAGGAUGUCGAAACCGCCCUUGAGAAAGAACAAUGGGAUGUUGAGGCAGCUACUAACUAUUUGCUUGACCAUGCCUGA